UAUAAAUUGAUCUUGCUCGACUCCCGCGGAACGCACAGGGAGUCGUCGCACCCAACGGGACGGAUUAAGAAGGGCCACUCCAGGCGAUCCGUGGGCGAAAUCUGUUCGAUCGUCGGGUUUCUCUCCUCUUCGGAAUCGUUUCUCGGUUUUGGGGUUCAUCACUCGAGCUUGAUACGAGAAAGCACAACAAGAACCAAGCUUCAAUCAGCUGAGCAAUGGAGGUAUAUGGCAAAUCUAUGAUUGCCGAGCCAAGCAAUGUGAUUUACUUGUCCAGUAUUCUUAACAAGGAAGGGCUGAUUCCUAGUCACAAAUGUGACAAGAGGUGCCAAAACGAACAUGUGUUUGGGAACAUGUACCGCUGCAAACUAACAGGACUGACACACAUCUGCGAUAAAAAUUGUGAGCAGAGGAUUUUGUACGAUAACCAUAGUUCUCUUUGCAGAGUGAGCGGCCAGUUUUUUCCUCUUUCGCCAGCAGAAGAGCAGGCGGUGAGAGGAGUCCGAAGGAAGCUGGAAGUGACAAAUACCGAUGGCUGUGCUUUUAAGCGCAGGCGCGAUGCCCAGCUGCAUCCUUCUCCCUUCGAGAGGAUCUUUUCUGCAGUCUCUCCAAUAUGCAGUCAAAUUGGAGAUGGCAUGGAUAUGAGUUAGAGCUGAUUAGUUCCAUUUCUUUCCCUUCUCCCUUUCUUUUCCCCCAGCCAUCUUUGUUCUGGAUGGAAUCAAGGGCUUCUAUUUUAUUAUGGAACUUGGAACUGAACUAUUUUGUCAAGGGUAUGUAGGGAAUCUGCAGUAACUUCUACUUGGUACUGUUCUGCUGUAACUGUUUUAACUUUGAACUUCCUAUUAAGAGGCUAAUAGUCUUGUGAACCAAA